GAACUAGUGUAUUUCGUGAGGGAAAGGGGAACAGGAGGUCAACCUAAUAACAUUUUUUGCGAAUCAAAGAGCCGCGCGAAAACGAGUUGCCGACUACAUAUAUUACGUCAACUAAAAAUCGAGCAUUUAUGCGUGUGUCUACGAAUUUGCAAUACUUGCUCAAUCCGUCUUAUGAAACGCAACCAAAGAAAUACGCAAAGGGUGACUAAUAUAUUCUAACCGCAUCUAAUAAGUUUACUUAUUCUAACUUCUAUAGACAACAGCUGCAAAGAAACAACGACAACCUUCAAGAAAUUGAAAUUUAAUUGAAUGACAGUUUGUAACGCAUCAUCUUUAAUCGAGAAUCUGAUCGUAUCAACGGAAAUAAAUGGCAAAUGUAACUGCUUGAAUAGAAAUCGGAGAAAACAAGAACGAUAAUCAAAGAAUCGAAACUGCAUGACACUCAAGGAGAAAACCAAACGAUGAAGCGGCAAAGAAACGCGAUGAUCACGGAUGAAUCAGGAUAAGAGUCGACCUAAUCGUCAAACUGUGUCGUGUUGUGUGUAUGCAACAUCGCAAUUGAAACUCGUAAUCGCGUUGCAUCCUCUGAUUUAUUACUGCUAUUGAAAAAGCAGGCGCAACGCCGAAAAAGAAGAAUUGCCCAGCAUAAUUUUGAUCAACGUAGAUCGGUAAAAUGCAAUUCCAGAUAGACAGUGCAACCAAGAUCUUCGAGAAUAGCGCAUUCGCCGAACUUUUUGACCUGUCGCGUUUAACUUUUUACAUUCCAUAUCACUCGAUCGUCGAUCGACUUCGUUUUCUGUGAACGAGCAAAGAACCACGAGUACCUUACGGAUCUCCUUGGCUUGAUCUUAGAAAUGGCGUCGGCGGCAGCAGAGUUAGUCGUGGAGCGGGAGCCGGAAUCGAGAAUCGAGAUGACGGACACAAAUCGGACGUUCGUGGGCGCCCAGGGCCUGGUCAGAAUGGCCCUUGACCAAUACACAGAAAUCCUUACCACGGUCUCAGAUCCUCGAGUCAGCGACUGGCCGCUAAUGGAUUCGCCGAUACCAACAUUUUUAAUCGUCCUUCUUUAUUUAUAUGGAGUGGCGAUAUUCGGUCCACGGGUGAUGGCUAACAAGAAACCGUUCAAACUCAGAGCAACUUUGGUAGCGUACAACGCGUUUCAAGUAGUCUUCUCGUUAGGCAUGCUGUACGAGCACCUGAUGUCUGGUUGGUUGUUAGACUACAGUUACAAGUGUCAACCAGUGGACUAUUCCCACAAUCCGUCCGCGCUGCGAAUGGCGAACCUAUGUUGGUGGUAUUUCAUCAGCAAAUUCACAGAAUUUGCUGACACGAUAUUUUUCGUUCUGCGAAAGAAAGACAGUCAAGUGACGUUCUUACACCUGUAUCAUCACUCUUUAACACCUUUAGAGACAUGGAUCUGUGUGAAAUUCAUUGCUGGAGGACACGGUACUUUGGGAAACCUUAUAAAUAACGCGGUACACGUAAUAAUGUACAUGUACUAUAUGGUAUCUGCAAUGGGACCGGAAUACCACAAAUAUUUAUGGUGGAAGAAGCACCUCACUACCGUGCAGUUGGUACAAUUCUUCUUAGUGUUCGUGCACAGCGCUCAAGCUUUGGUCUUCGAUUGCGGCUAUCCUAAGCUGGUGGCGGCGCUUCUUUUGCUUCAUUCAACGAUCUUCUUCGUCCUCUUCUCCGACUUUUACCGGCAAGCAUAUAAUAAGGACAGACCGAAGAAAGAGCUAAAGGACGAAUAAAUGAAGGACAUUAUCACGCUUUGUCCCAAAUUUGCCUCCGAUACGCUCCAACGCAUUGACCUCUCGGUCACGCAUGCACGAUCAAAAAUCACGAGUCAGUUAAAAAAAGGAAAGAAGCAUUUACAAAAUUGUAUUACACCAUCGUAUGGUGAAAUUCGUUCUCGUAUACUAGUAGAACCGUGUAAGGUUAGUGUCAUAUUAGUAAAUCCUAUGAUACAGAUUACAUAGAAAAAAUUUAAUUAGAUUCGUGAGUUCGAUCAUCUGUUCGUCUGAUCGUUGGGGCGGAGCUUACAGCUUGCUUCCGUAUGAAAGAGGAGUUCACUGGUUAUUCCUUGUAUCAUCUGUAGGGCAUCUCAGGUCUCGCGAAAAGCUCGGACCAGGGCUUCUGAAGCACUCGUUACUUAAAAAACCGACCGAGUAUUCGAGUUACCCGGAUACGGGUAACGCUAUCGUUAAAAUUAACGUCUUUGCCAAAACGAACCAAGAAUCUUCGGUAAAAGCAAUCGAGAUCGCUAUGUUCAACUAAGUUUAUGUUCGCGCGAAAAAGUGCAUCGAAAACCCAGAAUCGACGUAACUUGAUACAGCGAUCGGUCCUUGGUGUCGUUAAUUUAGUGCUUCUUUUUUACUGUAUGUGUACAUGUCGGCGGAUCUGUAAUUAAGAUUACUGUAAAUAAUAGGAUUAGUCCUAGUAAGCGCCACAAGGUAUUACCCUCGCGGAUUUAUUUAAUUUACUGCCCGUUUUGAAUCAGUUACGCGAUAUAAUUGUCGAUUUUUACAAUUAUCAAAGAAAAAAAAAGAAUGAUCCCUUUAAAUGGAAAAUGAACGUGUAAUUUAAUUAAUGUCCCGCGUAAUUUCAAUGGCUCAUCUCACGAAUGUCCAAGCUCAAUUUUUUUGUUUACAUUUAUUUAUAUCUUUAUUAUUAUUAUUAUAUACGUACUUUCGAGUGUUAAAAAGUAACCCAUAAACGAUAAAUCAUAAGUAAAUACACUCACAUCGUUGUAUAUGAGAACAAUAUAAAAAUAAGAACAAUGAAAUUUACGACAACGAAUCAAGAACAUCAGCGUCCUAUCGCUGAAGCAGAGACACACAUACAUAAGCACACAUGUACAUGUGCAUACACCGAAUAUAUUUCUAAAAAUGAAAUUUCUCUCACUAAUUAACAAGCUGUGAACUGAUAAAUUUAUAAGAUCAAAUUCCGUAAUCAAGUUUUGCUGCCAUACAUGUACUCAAAAGACAAACUCUCGUAUAUUUCAAUGCCACACGAUAGUAAACGCAAGAUUUACGUUGUCAAGAAAAAACAAUUAUCACCAAACAACAACAAUAAUAUCCGAUUUGUAAUUGAUUUUAACUUAUCCAAAACAUGUAACAAAGCUAUUGACAAACAUGGAUGUACAACGUUUGAAAAUGAAAAAAUAGAGAGAAUGUGUCCGCAAUUCGUUGCUCGCCGAAGAUUCUCGGACCUAUAUACUCGCUGGGGUUACGCGUCACUCGAUUUACUUCUUUAUAGGAGAAGACAAUGAAGUAACGGAACGUUAACGAUAAGGGACAACCUCCGUUGCAAGCAUGUGCGAAACUUUGCUCGGAAGCCAGCAGAGUACAGGCACUUUCUACCUUAUCGAUUCUUCCAUUACACCCCUUCCAGAGGAAUGAGCAGAGAUGCUCAUCCCGUUGCUACGAGUGGAAAAAACAAAUCUGCUAUAGCUCUUACAAUUAAUAAUAAGGUAAUUCGUUUAGGAAUUUAUCAUUGAACCUCAUCCUAAAGUUGUAAUUUAUUUACGGUGUGCCACUCAUGAUGGAACCCUUCUGUAAAUAUGUAAUUCUUUUAUUUCUUUUGUAAUAUGAUGAAUAAAUAUUAAUAAGUUA